CGUCCCUGCCACGUACAAAGGAGAUCAGCUGCCUUGUUGCUGUUUCUGCACAUUUGUUACUAACUUUUUCUAGCUGUCUGCUCGUCCUGCUGUUUCUCCGGAGGUUUGAGUGUGUCGGUCGGUAUGCUGCUGAGUGUGCUGAGCUGCCUCUGCUCCUACCUGCUGCUGUCUGUCAGCGGGGGGAAGGUGCCUGAGGCUGAGGUGCAGAUUGAAGUCAUGCACAGACCUUUUCUCUGUCACCGAAAAUCCAAGUAUGGAGACCUCGUGCUGGUGCAUCAUGAGGGAUACUUAGAGAAUGGGACCAUGUUUCACACCACUCGAAGCCAUGGUGACAAGGAUGCGGUGUGGUUCACACUUGGCAUCAAGGAAGUGAUAAGAGGCUGGGAUAAAGGCCUGAAGGAUAUGUGCUCUGGAGAGAAGAGGAAACUCAUCGUACCUCCAGCCCUGGCCUAUGGGAAGGAAGGGAGAGGUAAAAUCCCUCCUGAGAGCACCCUGACCUUCAUCAUCGAGCUGCUUGAGAUCAGAAAUGGGCCAAGGUCACAUGAGUCCUUCCAGGAGAUGGACCUCAACAAUGACUGGAAGCUCUCCUGGACUGAGGUGAAAGAAUACCUGAGGAAGGAGUUUGAGCGUCACGGCUACCCUCCCAAUGACACACUGCAUGAGAACAUGGUGAAAGAUAUUUUUGCCAGAGAAGACGAGAACAAAGAUGGCGUCAUAUCCUCCAGAGAGUUUACUUACAAACAUGAUGAACUUUAAAUCCACUUCCUGUGCUGCUUCUCACUCACUCAUCCACUGUCUUCCAGUUUUCAUUGAUGUGUGGUGGAAAUACUUUGAGUUUUAUAGCGAGGAUUCUCUCAGGUAACCUAUUUCACUUUUACAGAAGAAUUGUGUUUGUGUGGUGAGUGACUCUUGAACCCAUCCUCUGUGAAGAUUUAAGGGUGGGCUUUGAGCCAAAUUUUGUUUCUGUAAUGUUUCUAGUGAUUCUUAAUUUUGGCAGACAUUUGCAUUUAUGUGUCUACUUCUGUAGGAGAUUAUGAAUGGCAAGCUGCCAAUUUUGCAUCUUUUGGGACCACAAUCAGCUCAGCAUUUCUGACUGAAGAAAUUUAAAAACUUUUAUAGCACAUUUACAUUUAGAAGAAUUGGACCAUGAUACUACAACUUCCCAAGAACAUAGUGGCAAAGGAGUGAAUGCUUGUACUGACAGCACAUCAUGUUGGCAGGUAACAUAAGAUGAUAAUUGUUGCUAAAUUUGGCGGUGGAAUUCCCCUUAAGUGAAAUUCAGUGUUCAUUUCCUUUACAAAAUGUUUCAUUGUAUUUGGUGUAUUUGGAGAGAAAGAGAGUACCUUAUGGCAGACGUGGUGACUUGCCAUUGGAAAAGCAGGUGUAAUAAUAACAUAACAUCUUAGCUCCAUUUAAGUGCUCCCAGUAGGAAACUGAGGCUGUUAUUAAUGUUGUUAGGGACACCUGUGUUUGACCUUUAAAGUCAAACUAACUGUGAGAAAGAUGCAUUGCACACACAUGCACUGAAAUCUGUGCUGAAAGGAUGUAUUGUUCAGCUCUAUCCCACUACAUCAAGUGCAGUUUUAUUCUAUUCUAACAAAGAUCCUAACAUUGAGUUUAUAGUAGUCUUCUUUGUGUUAAUAAUGAACAAUUCUAUCUACAAAAUAUAAUCCAGAGAAAAAUCAUCUAAAAAAACAAAGGAGAUUAAUGUAUCUGUACAUUUUUAAACAAUGUACUAAUGGCUGU